AUGCAAUUGGUGAAAAGAAUAUAUCAGUUAUUGAUACCAUGUUCAAGUCCGAUCAAUCUAUGGCGAUGGUUCACGAAUUUUUUACCAAUUUUACAAUGGUUACCAAGAUAUAACUGGAAAACUGAUGCAAUUCAUGAUAUCGUCGGUGGUUUAACACUUGGUGUCAUGCAUGUACCUCAAGGUAUAGCAUAUGCACGAUUAGCAGGUGUUGAUCCAGUAUAUGGAUUAUAUGUGUCCCUUUUUCCAGCCUUUUUCUAUAUGUUUUUUGGUACAUCAAAACAUGCAUCUGUUGGAUCAUUUUCUGUAACAGCUAUAAUGUGUGGAUUGGCAAGUGAUGAAAUAAUGCUACAGCAAUCAGGAAUGGAUGAUACGGCUGUUAGAAGUAAUAAUACAAUACCUUCAAUUACCUACAUAGAAAUAACUACAGCACUUGCCUUUACUACGGGCAUUAUUGAGUUGAUUGCAGGUGUUCUACAACUCGAAUUUGUCACUGCUUAUUUCUCAGAUCAGUUGGUUUCCGGUUUCAUUACCGGUUCUUCUGUACAUGUAGUUAUUGCUCAGAUGGAUGAUUUUUUCGGAAUUAAUUCACCAAAAUUCCAUGGAAUCGGAUAUCUUUUCAAGAGAAUUUAUAGUAUUCUAACACAUAUUUCAUAUACAAACUUCUAUGCAAUGGGAAUGUCAAUUUUCGGUUCAAUUUUUCUUUAUUUUGGCAAAAGUUUUUUGACACCAUUUUUGCAUAAAUGCUUAUCGUUUAAUAUCCCCGUACCUUAUGAACUAUUUUUGAUAAUAAUAUCAAUUAUUGUCUCAUAUAUGAUGAAUUUAAAUAUAUAUCAUAAUGUAUCGAUUGUUGGUCGAAUUCCUACAGCUUUACCCAGGCCUCGAUUACCUCGUUUCGAUGUUGUUAUUGAUUGUUUUCCAUAUGCUAUCGGUAUUGCCGCCGUUUCUGUUGCUGUUCAUAUAUCGAUGGCUAAGAUGUUAGCUAAGCGAAUGAAAUAUCAUGUUGAUUCUAAGCAGGAGCUAUAUGCAUUAGGUUUCACAACAGUUCUUAGUAGUUUCUUUCCCAUUUAUCCAAUAGCUACAGCUCUUGCUCGAACAAUGGUCAGCGUUGAAGUUCAAACGAAAAGUCAGUUUUCUGCCGUAUCGAGUUGUUUAUUGUUGUUAGCGGUCAUCCUAAUGCUUGGACCACUACUGAAUGCAUUGCCAAUGUGUAUAUUGGCUGUUAUUAUUGUGAUGUCUCUUCGUUCGAUGCUUCAAAAAUUUUCCGAGUUGCCAAAAAUUUGGCCUGUUUCUAAAAUCGAUUUUCUAAUUUGGAUUGUAGCAUUUGUGACAACUGUAGCAUUGGACGUUAUGACUGGUUUGGUAAUUUCAGUCCUCUUCGCUUUAAUGACACUCAUUUUUCGAUCACAAUGGCCACGUUGGGAAAGAUUAGUGCAACUGUCAGUAUCUCAACCAUAUUUCGAUAAUCCAAAACGUUAUGUUGCGGCAGCGAACAAUCCCAAUAUUCGCUUGUAUCGUUUUGAAUCACCGCUGCUAUUCAACAAUGCGGAACGUUUCAAGUUAAGCAUUUGUAAUGCGAUAAGCGAUUGGAAAAAUAAAACUGACUCAAUUGAUGAUUCGUUAAAUCCGGAUAAUUUGAAAAGUUUAAAUCAACGUUAUCUUAUUAUUGAUUGUUCGGGCAUAUCUUAUAUUGAUUGCAUGGGAUUAAAUAUUCUAAAAGAGAUCGCUAGUGAACUAAAAAGUCAAAAAAUUACCAUACAUUUUGGUGCUUGCAACACUAGUGUUCGCGAUUCUCUGGAAAUAGCGAAAAUUUUUAAAACUAUUCCCAAGCAUUGCUUUUUUCCAACAGUGGAUGAUGCUAUCGCAGUAAUAAGUCAUCUUGAGGGAUCAGAUCGAAAUGAUGUUUCUGCUGCAGAAUUGAAUCAUGAUAAUAAGAUUAUGCAACUACAAAUUGGUUCCGAUAUAAUAGCAGUUCCUGAUGCUUGUAAUUUACCACCAAAUUUUGAAUCAUCUUCCUAG